UCGCGCUGGCACGGGCAGUCGCGAAUUGUCUGCCGUCGUGAGGGUCUCGGUGUGACUGCAAUUCACGCGAAUCUGCGAGUCGCGAACGCGAUCGGUCUGCGUUUCCUCUUUCGUUGACGCUCGCUCGUUAACGGUAACACCGAAGAAAUCGCGCGAACUGCGUCGCGAGACGCCGCGACGCGUGCCGAUCGCGGAUUCGCGGCUGCUGCAGGGAUUCGACGGGGACAGCGAGGGACGUAGAACACGGGCGAAGAUGUGCGGCGGCUUUACGUGCUCGAAAAACGCGCUGACAGCACUCAACAUCCUUUACAUCGUUGUUGCCUUUAUAUUAAUAGGAGUCGCCGUAUAUGGCAGAGCAUCGGCCCUGGUUACAAAUCUCCCCAUUAUUGGAGGCAUUUUAGCAUGCGGAGUGAUUCUGUUUCUCAUUUCUAUAUUGGGUCUGAUUGGUGCCGUUAAGCACCAUCAGGUCUUACUCUUCUUUUACAUGCUCAUUUUAUUCCUCCUGUUCCUGAUUCAGUUCAGUAUCGCCUGUGCUUGCCUCGCCGUCAAUACUAAGCAGCAAGAGCAGCUCGCGGAACAGGGUUGGAGACACGUCGGAGAUGAUUUAAAGGCAAAGGUUCAAACCACUUUUAACUGCUGUGGAUUUAAUAAUACCACUGAGGAUCCAAAUCUACCUUGCAAGGUGACUAGCUGUUGCCAAUCAACCGACGUCAAUCUAAUGUCUUGCCCACCUUGUCCGCCAUGUAUGCAGAAACUGCAGUCCACCAUCGACUACGCCUUCAAAUUGUGCGGCAGUAUAGGAUUGUUCUUUAGCUUUACGGAGUUUGUUGGUGUAUGGUUGACCGUGCGGUACAGGAACCAGAAAGAUCCACGAGCUAAUCCUAGUGCUUUCCUCUAGUCUAACACCAUCGCCAUGUCCUCUGUCACUUCAUACGAUCCUCCUAACAGAUGGUGAUUGCAGCUUUCUUGGCAAGGCGUUAUCGAAAUCAAUUAGAUCCACAGGAAAAAGCUGCAAGGGCCAUUUUUCCGCAGCAUAAUUAUGUAUAUUGAUUAUUUGUUGGCGAUGCGUUUUAAGAGAAUUGACGUUUUUUUUAUUUACGUUACACCGCGAUGCAUUCUUGUCGAGUCGAGAGGGGACGAAAUCAUCAUAUCAGUUUCGAUUCUUGAUUGCCCGAACUGUUGUGCAACAUAUUUUUCAAGAGUAAUGGUUUUUUCUCUCGAACAUUGAUCAUUAUAUAUAAUGCUCAACAAGGAUAGCAGUUGAUACUUGUUUUUUUUAACUGGGCAAUCAUAGAUUUUAGAGUGAGUUAGAUAAAUAACUGAAAUGUGUGCUCUAGUCAUAUACUUAGAACACUCAUAACAAGCCUCAAUGCGCCUUGUAGUCUAGAGAGACGAGAAACAUCACGUAAGUAUGUCUCAAUGAAAUUAUUUUAUCGCUUUAUUUCCCGCAGUUCGUUAAAUAUUGACGAUAGUAAAAACUUAGCGUGUUGUGAUUAUGCUAUUUAGUUAAAUAUUCCGAUAUAAAUCGAGAUACUUGAAACUAUUUUUAAAAAACGACGGGAUGACGUGAGUGACGUGAGAAAUGUGCAAUCCAGUUUUGUUAUAUUAUUUUUUUAAGAAAAGAGAAAAAAGUGAAAUAUGCAUCCCGUAUGUUAUAUAACAUAACAGCAUAGGUGGUAAUAUCCACGUCCGUAUCCCAUCUCUAUGAUAUUUUUUUUCGCAUAAUAACGUCGCACAUCACACACAUACACAUAACUCUUCAAUAAUACAAUAAUAAUAAUAAUAAUAAUAUCUGUACAUUUAUAUCUUCCUGAGCGAAACAAAUUCUGUCAUAUCGUCUUUGAGUACUUUUAGAUAACUUUAUAAUAUUUUUAUGUCUGGAAGGAUUACUUUUUAUAUUUAAACUUUUCUAUAGCACUAAAGAAUGCCUUUCGUUCUAUGAGAAAUCGUAAUCAAAAUAAUCAGAGAUAAUUGUAAUGUGUUCCUAUAACGUAAUUUGGGUGAAACUUGACUUAUCCUUUAUCGGCAGGCAUUACAAAUUCACAGUUGUUCAAUUCAAUAAUUGCUCUCGCACACUUGCUUGCAGUAUUGUACGGCUAUGGCAUGAUAUGAUAUAUGAGAAAUUACUUCAAGUGUAUACUAUUAUCCGCUUAUAAUAUCAUCAGUGAUAAUAUAAAAUAUAUCGUAUUUCAAGUUUCAUCCUGCAAAAAUAUCCAACACGAGUGCUUUGCUUCGAGUUAAACUCUGCGCUCAAUGUGCAUUAUAAUAAAAGCGUAAGAAGCGUAAUAGGAUAAAUACAAGAUGUCCUAAACGGCCUGGUGGGAGGUUUUUCAGUUUUUAUUUUACGUAAUGCAGGGUCCUUAAUGGAUCCUCUUGCAGAUGUAAAAGUAAAAAGGUUCAAAGCUCCUCGCGAGCAGCAUUGAAACCAUUUUGUCGAGUAUAUAACGCGAAUUAUAUAGCAGUCGUGUAUCAUAAUUAUAUUGAAUUGUAUCAUAUGAGAAAAAUGUAUUUAUUAAAUAUCUUGUAAAAUGUUAUCCUACCAAGUUCUUUUCGGACAACUUGCAUAGCAAAUUCUUUACGAGGAACAAAUUCAAUAUGCAUGAAACUGUUGUAUGUUUACAACGUGCCCGCUCUCGCAUAUCCUUUAUUUAGUCUUAUUACGUGAAAUGUGAUGGAUAGGAUAAAUCUCGCUGUACAAUUUCGUUCCUUAAGAGUCUCCCUUAUAUUUUAGAAAUGAUUGAAAUACAAUCAUGUUCAAUAAAUUCAUCUCGUUACUGUGCAUUGUUGUAUAUUGUGUUCAUUGAAAAUUUUAAGAAUAUAAUCGAAUAUAAAAGCAGAAUUUAUACGGAGAAUUCGUUUUUGUUGUUAUUAAACGAUAAAAUUAUGGUUUAAUUAAAAAGCGUGGCACGUUUAAGAUAGGCCGUGGGUAUUUUUUUUUCUAUUUUCGGGCAAAUUUUUCGAGUGUCGGCUAUAUCACGAAAUUAGUAGAAAGAAAAGGAACUUAUAGAUGUGUAUCUUCCAAAAGCGAAUAGUAAGAAUAAAAUCUCGCGAACAUUCCAAUUUUUACGCGUCUUUGCCUGGCUUUGGUAGAAACGUGCGUACAUUUUAUAUAGCACGAAAUAGUGCUCGUAUCGUAUACACGCGAGAUAUGUAUUUACAUACAUAUAAUAGAUAGUUUAAUUCCUAUGUACACAUAUUUUUACCUAUACACACGUAUCGUAUAAUCAAUACAUAUUCGUAAUUAUAGACUUGAAGUAUAUCCAGAUGUAAGAGAGUUAAAAAAACAAUCGAGCAAUUCGACGAAUCAAGAACGAGAGGUCUGCGCUUUUGUGUAAUUGAAAGGUGAUAGAGAUGUUAUUUGCUGCGUGCAAUUAUGUAUUACCUAUAUAUGCACCGAUAUAUGCACAAUGCGUGAGUGGCGGACACUUUUGAGAAUCAAAAUCUGACGCGCGUGAAUAGAAUCGAAUAUCGACAAUCUUAGACGAUGGAGAUCAUGUAUGUACGUAUUGACAUAGAGAUCAUAUUCGAAUUAUACUCGAUUUACCUUUCUACAUUACAUGUUUCAACCUUGCGUUAUUCUACGUAUACAUCCUUUAAAAAUGCCCGGGAUUGGCGCGCUGUAUCCAAUUACAAGUUCGAAUAAAUCGAAUCUUGAGUC